GUGUAAAGAUGGCUGAACGUGAAGCGCUAAAGAGAGAAAUAGAGGAGCUCCAAAACCUCAUUAAUGACUAUAAAAGUACCCAUGGUGACAUCCCAUCAAGGGCUGGCCAAUGGGGUCAUCCCAGACGUGGUUUGAGGAGUGGCCGGGGCCAAGUUCGGGGCCAAGCCUCGCACUACACGCAAUCAUAUUCAUCACUGCCACAUGGGGCUCAUUCUUCUGGCAGCUGGAGGAAAACAUACUCGCUUAACAACAAGACCAACAGGGCAUCUGGGAGUCAUUCAUUCCAUUCAGCUGUAAACCAACCUCCUCACCACAUCAGCACAUCUGGAGCCACUGCUGCUGGGAGUAAUGUUGGACUUAUUGGGAGCAACAAUGUUUCAUUUAAAAAGCUGCAGCCUGAACAAACCAAGGGAAAAGCUGCACCAUCUUCCCACGGUGUUCAAAGUGACGCUUUAAAAGACAAGAAAAGUGAAGAGAGUACAAAAAGGACAAUGUUUUUGUCUGCAACAGGAAAAGUUCAUCAUGGCUGUUCAUCUACCAAUGAAACAACUGACUCGACUUCAUCAUCGGGGUCUGAAAGAAAGAUAAAACCCACUUUAAAAUCAUUAUCAGCAGCGAACAAUCCAUCUAUUCCUUCAUCUGUCAAACCUGCAGCUCAGCUUCAAGUCAAACCACACCUCCCCACUACUACCUCAUCCAAUAGGACUGUUGUAAUCUCAUCUGCCAAUCAAGAUUCUUCAAUCCCUUCUUCUGCCUCUAACAUUCAGUCUCAGGCUUCGGUGAGUCCAGUAAAGCCCCAGUUAAAGCUAGACUCAACUCGUGUAGCCUCACCAUGCCAUAAGAGAUCUCAGUUUACUUGGGUGAAAAGCCAAGAAGCGAUAAACAUAAACAGCACACCUAAGCCACUGACCUCAGGAUCAUCUCCUGGGACGAUUCCCACCAGACGAGCCUCCAGCUCUAAUAAGAGGGUGUCUCGCAAGCCUAAUAAUUCCCCCGGAGCUCCUAAAACCUCAAAGUACACUUGGGUGUCUUCAUCUUGCUCUUCGUCAACAGCUGGGAAAGCAAACACUCCAGUGAAAUUGCCACGCAAACCCCUUUCGCCAAAAUCUCUUAAAGCCCCUGCAAGAACUUUUCAAGGUGGACUGGAGGGACUGAAGAAAGAAAAGAAGUAUACCACUAUGACAGUGACGCCUUUAAAAAAGUCUAGAGCUGGUGCUGCCACUACAUCACAUGCUGGUCAUACCAGUCGAUAUAGCUGGAAGGCAGCUGGACAAAAUGCCACUGCAAAUACAUCUAAUUCAUCUUCAAGGACGACCCAUAAGAGCACUGUGUAUCGGUGGACUGCUAACAACAAUGGCCAAAAGGGGGAAAAGAGAUCCGUCUUGUCCCCUAAUAUCCCUGCUACAGCCACACUGUCAGUUGGCGCCUUUAAGCUCAGGAGCCGAACGAAGAUCAUCAGACGAUCUCCUAGCAAUCCCUGCUUGGAGAGAAGACACAGUCCCAAUGUGCAGACUUCAAAGAGUCGGUAUUCCUUGUGGAGGAGGACACACGCUCAGGUGAAGAGUCCAACCGGUACCAAGCGAGCACAGCCCAAAGUGCUGGUUUCCUUUGGCAGGCACAAGCUCCGUCGCCUCUCUCUCACCUCCACCUCAUUAGGGACCUCAAGAUCAGGCCCAUCUUCGUCUUCAGUGCGAAGCCCGGCAUCACACAGGGUCAUCAAAACACGCUACAAGAUCGACACACGCAGAGCACAUGCAAUCCAUCACAACCCUGCUCUUUCCUACAGGGUCAAAAGAGUACAUUCUGCCAGAACCCUCUUGCAGAAUCGUUUGAGGACUUCAGAAAGGCAAUGGAGGGGGCGGAGCAUGAGGUGGAUAGGCGGAGAGCUGUACAGAGUCUCGGCCAAUAAGCUCUCUCGCACUCAAACCACCUGCACGCCUACAAGUAGACCUGGUGAGUGGUACAAUCCAUAUGUUUCCUCCUCUGGUCAUCAAGGAAAAACAUCAGCCACACAAUAUGUGGCCAGUCGUGCUGUGCAGAGGAGUUUAGCAAUAAUAAGACAUGCCCGACAGAAGAAACAGAAGGCCAAGCAGUACUGCAUGUAUUACAACCGGUUUGGCAAGUGUAACCAUGGCAACACCUGCCCCUACAUCCACGACCCUGACAAAGUGGCUGUCUGCACCAGGUUUCUCAGAGGCACAUGUAAGAAGACAGAUGGAACUUGUCCGUUCUCACAUAAAGUUGCCAAAGAGAAGAUGCCGGUGUGCUCAUACUUUCUGAAAGGGAUAUGUAAUAACAGCAGUUGUCCCUACAGCCAUGUCUAUGUGUCUCGUAAAGCUGAGGUGUGUGAAGACUUUGUGCGAGGCUACUGCCCUCAGGGCGAUAAGUGUAAGAAGAAACAUACGCUGGUAUGUCCAGACUUCUCCAGUACUGGUGUGUGUCCACGUGGAUCCAAAUGCAAGCUGCACCACAGGCAGAGCAAGAAACGUACUGGCUCUAAUGCAAGCUAUGGAGCGGCCAAGAAAGCUUGUACAAGAGAUGUUUUAAGGAGCUCGGAUGCAGCUCAGACUCAGUCUUCAGAGUCCACACUGGCAGAUGAAGGCUCAUCGUGCUCUCGUCCAGAGAAGUUGCCCUCCUUCAUCUCCUUGUCCAGCUCUCCCGAUGGCUCAGAAAACCCUGAUACCCCAAAAAUCCCUUCUGCUACAGGCCCACAGGCCAAAGGAAAGACACUACAUAUCAAGCCACGAUUUCUCUCUACAACGCAGACAGACCCCUCACCAAAGGAGGGCUGAUGGUGGGUGUUUUAAUCCAUUAUUAAUAAUGAAACAAUUUUUCUUCAUUCUUUCUUAUUUUAGAAAUUGACCCUGCCUCACAGAUAGUUUAUAGACAUCUUUAAAUUACUCCUUCACAAACGUUUUGGUCUCUAGACACAUUUAGAUUCAGAAUUUCGAGAUGCAAAUUCUAGGAAUUGAUUGAAUUGCUCAAAGUACUUAGAAAUCAAAUUCUGGCCUGCAAAAACAAAAUGCAGAAGUUUACACUCUAAGUUCUUGGAAUUAGUUUCAAAAUGUAAAGUAAUUCUCAGGGAUUUUCAAAAAUGUAGUAGUUUGUUAUGCAAAUAAAUUAUUUUAUCAUGUGGAAUGUAAGCUUGUAUGAUGUAUUUUCAAACUAUGGAAAGCUACUCAAUAAAAUCGGUCUGUGAUUUGAA